GGUGUUGGGGGGAGGGACAGAUAGCCCCCGGACCUGCACACAAUAGGCAGCGGAUGGGACCGCCCGGCGGCGUUUCCUGUAGGAAACUUCCCUGUCUUUGCGAAUCUGACCUGAUGGUGUGUUUGGUGGGAGGGGGGGAGGUAUCCCCCUCUCCCGCUGUCAUCUGCCUCCACCCCAACGUCAUGAGUCUGAGAGUCCCGCCCCAACAUUAGGAGGUGGCACCACCCAGGGUCUCAGGCCAGGCAGGCGUUCCUUCCCCAGGGCCCGGAUGCCUAUUGCCUGCCAUGUCCCCUACCUCUCGGGUUCCAGGAUCACAGCUCCGCGUCCCGAAAUAGUCCCAGGGGUGGGAGUGGGGGCGUGUGGCAUCGGCUCUGACGGCCUAAUGAGGGGAUCUCAGGCAGAGGAUCCGGAUCUAGCUGUGACAGCCAAGACAGGGAGCAGAGGAGAGAAGAGGACAGCAACACGCCCCCACGCAGUGAGGCUGCAGCACAGGGUGCAUCUGGAAGCUAUUCCAAGAAACAUGGCCAAGUUUGCCCUGAAUCAGAAUCUGCCUGACCUGGGCGGCCCUCGCCUGUGCGCGGGCCCCACGGGGAGCGCCCGCAGCCCGAGCUCGCCCUACACUGUGGAGACGCCCUACGGCUUCCACUUGGACCUGGACUUCCUCAAGUACGUGGAGGAGCUGGAGCGCGGCCCUGCCUCCCGCCGAGCCCCAGGACCCUCGUCUGCGCGCCGUCCCCGCACGCUGCGGCCGGGCCUGCCGGGCGUGCGGAGCCCAGGCGCCUGGACAUCCAGCGAGUCCCUGGCCAGUGACGAUGGAGGAGCGUUGGGCGCACUCUCUCCCCGAGCGUCUCCGGGUCUCUCGUUGCCGCCGCUGUCGCCGCGCUCACUCGUGUGUAACCCUCGGGUUGAGCACACUCUCCGGGAGACCAGCCGGCGACUGGAGCAGGCACAGGAACAGGCGUGCGAGCUCGCGCUCAGCCCUUCCCGCGCGGCUCGGCGCAGUCCGCGCGGGUCUGGCCGCAGUAGUCCUACCCCCAGCCCCGCCCCCAACCCCGCCCUUGCCUCUCCUGGCCCUGCGCAACUGCAGCUGGUGCGCGAGCAGAUGGCCUUGGCGCUGCGGCGCUUGCGCGAGCUCGAGGAUCAGGCGCGCGCGUUGCCCGAGCUGCAAGAGCAGGUGCGCGCGCUGCGCGCAGAGAAGGCGCAGCUACUGGCUGGGCGCGCGCAACCAGAGCCAGACGGGGAAGCUGAGCUGCGCCCGGACAAGCUCGCCCAGCUGCGGCGGCUCACUGAACGCCUGGCCACCUCCGAGCGAGGCGUCCGCUCUAGGGCCAGCCUUCGGGCUGAUGGCCCCGACGGCUUGGCUGCAAGGCGCAGCGAGGGCGCGAUACAAAUCCUAGACGGGGCGGCUGCGACCCUUGAUGGGGCGCCUCAGACCCAGGAGAUGGGCAACGAUGCUGUGCCCGAGACCCGAGAGGAGGGUACCCAGGCAGUGCCGGAGAUCCGGGAGGCCAGCGUGGAAGUGGUCCCCAAGACCGUUGAGGCGGACGCGUGGGUGACCGAGGCGCUGCUGGGGCUGCCCGAGGCCGCAGAGCGCGAGCUGGAGCUGCUGCGCGCCAGCCUGGAACACCAGCGAGGGGUGAGCGAACUCCUGCGGAGCCGAUUGCAGGAGUUGGAGGAGGCCCUCGAGGCUGCGGAGAAUAAAGCGACGGCGGCCAGGUCCCCAUCAUGCGAGGCCGCCACCCAGACUCCGUGGGUUUGUGCGGAGAAGACUACGCAGACCGACCCCCCAGCAGAGACCUCCUUCCUUACUCUGGAGACCCCAUCUGUACCCACCGCUGGAGACCAGGCCAUGGCCCCUGCGGGCAUCCUCAAGUCCAUUAUGAAGAAGAAAGAUGGUACACCUGGUGCCCAGCCUAGCCCGGGACCCAAGAGCCUGCAGUUUGUUGGGGUCCUCAACGGAGAGUAUGAGAGCUCGUCCAGCGAGGAUGCCAGCGACAGCAACAGCGACGACGGCGCCGCCGAAGCCCAGAGUAGCUCUUCCGGCUCUGGGGACGACUGCAGCGGGAGAUCCGACUCCAGCACCCCUGGGCUUCCCAACGAUGAGGACACCCGAGAUCCCAAGCCUGAGGCGGAGUCAGAACCUCAACCGGCCACACAGGGGAGGUGCGAGCUGAGUCCGCGCUUGAGAGAGGCGUGUAUUGCGCUGCACCGGCAGCUGAGCCGGCCCCGAGGAGUCACCCGCGACGGCAGCGCAGCGCGUCUUGUGGGCCAGGAAUGGUUUCGAGUGUCCAGUCAGCGGCGCUCUCAGGCUGAGUCCGUGGCUGGGGUGCUGCGAGGUGUGACACGCAUGGGAACUGAGCUGCUGGCGUACGUGGUCAACCUGGCCGAUGGCAAUGGGAACACGGCCCUGCACUACAGUGUAUCCCAUGGGAACUUGGCUAUCUCAAACCUGCUGCUGGAUACGGGGGUCUGUGAGGUCAACCAUCAGAAUCGAGCUGGCUACUCUGCACUUAUGUUGGCUGCACUUGCCUCUCUGGGGCGGGAGGAGGAGGACAUGGCUGUGGUUCAGAGACUCUUCAGCAUGGGUGAUGUCAAUGCCAAGGCUAGCCAGACAGGACAGACAGCUCUCAUGCUGGCCAUAAGCCAUGGUCGCCAGGACAUGGUGGCAGCUCUGCUGGAGAAUGGGGCUGACGUGAAUGCUCAGGAUGCAGAUGGGGCCACAGCGCUGAUGUGUGCCAGCGAGUAUGGGCGACUGGAUACUGUUCGAUUGUUGCUGGCCCAGCCAGGCUGCGACCCUGCCAUCCUGGACAAUGAGGGCACCAGUGCACUGGCCAUUGCUCUGGAGGCCGAGCAGGAUGAGGUGGCCACUCUGCUGCAUGCCCACCUGAGCUUGAGCGAACCUGACUCUCAGAGCCAUUUACCCCCAGAGUUUCCCACAGCCUUGCUUGGUGACGGAAGAUGCAGUGACAAUACAGGGGACUCUCAGCCUCAGUGAGAGGACACCAGACUUGGACUCAAGAUUCUUCUUUUUCCCCACUUCAGCCUCUGGGUCAGAGCAGGGGCCAGGGUGCUCUGUCCAGAUGCUCAAGCAGUUCCAGAAAAGCGCUACUUCAGCUGAGAUGGUUCAGCGUCAGGGAAGGAGCUCACCUUGAACCCACUGAGGUGAAAUGGGCCCAAGGAGCCACAUAACCCCCGGGCUCACCAACCUAUAAAGUUCUUUUCUAAUAAAAAACUUCUACUAAGCUUGAGUUUUGUCUGGGGAAGAGCGGGAGUGGGAACACACCCCUUAAAGCUUCCAGAGUGCAGAGGUAGGUAACCACUUAGGCAAAGGGCAUAGAGAAAUCCUAGCCAGACAACCCAAAGAAGAACCAGAG